AUGUGUGCAACUGUUUUUUGCUUCCCAGUUCCACAGUUACUGACAACGUUUGCUGGGUGUUGCCGCAGCGGGGUGCGGCGUGCGGUGGGCCUUGAUGCGCUGGGUGGCACACGAGUGCCAAGAGUCAAGAAUUCACCAAGUGAAUUCGCAGAGGAAUCGGAGGCAGCGUCGCUUUCUUCCUUGCGUCUUUGUUGUUCUUCUUGUUGCUGCUGUGUGGACGCUGGGUACGUCCGGCGUGCGGCAACGGCGGCCGAGAAGCCGGCAUGGCUGCGAGGUCGCUUCUUAUCCGUCUGUGACAGGGCAUUGGUAGCACGACUUAUUCGUCUACUCACCGUCUUAUUCGGUGUAGCGUGA